CGCAGGGCGCAUACGAACAAACAACCAUUUGCACUCACAUUCACACAAUCCACCCAAAAUUGUUACAUUGUCAUUGACAUUGGGCUAAGACAGACAUACCACAUAAUGUUCAUUUCGUGGGCCGUAAUUAUUUUCUGAUUAUGGUCUGCCACUGCAUCGAUGCAGUUGUUAAUGUCCCCAUGUCAGUCCAUUAUACUGGGCAUCAUUAUAUAUGGUGGGCAUCCCAGCGUGCCAAGCGACAUUUGGUUUGAGUCACGGCCGAAAUUUUCCAUACCCCCGGCAAAUUUGGACUUAUUUACUUUCAGUUACUUUUAUUGAACCUGUUUUUUUUCUGGUCGGGAAAUAACAUGAGCAUCUCCCAGAUGAUAAUAAAACGAUGUACAAGAGUCCUCUUUGUGGAAAAACAUUCUUCAUCAGCUUUUAUAUACAUUUGAACAAAAAGUGGCAUGUCCGAAAUUAGUCAUAACCUUCUCUAAAAAUCAACAGAAAAGCCUUCAUCUGCUAUUACAGCAAUCAAGAGUUUCCUAUAAUUGCUGACGAGCUUUUUGGAUGUUUUCACUGAUAUUUUUGCCCAUUCAUCUUUAGCGAUGAGCUCCAACACUUUCAGGUUGGAGGAGCUCCCUUUGCCAUCACCCUGAUCUUUACACCCCUCCACAGAUUCGCAAUUGGGUUCAAGUCAGGGUUCUGGCUGGGCCUCUGCAAAACAAUGUUUUUGUCCGCUAACCAUUUCUUCAUGACUUUUGCAGUGUAUUUUGGGUUGCUGUUGUGCUGAAAUGUCCACUGGUGCGCAAGGUCAAGUUUCUCUGCAGACUGCCGAUGAUGUUGUUGAGAAUCUUGAUGUAUUGCUCUUUUUUCAUGGCGCCAUUUUCUGUGAUUAGGUUCCCGAGUCUAUUGGCUGAAAACACCCUCAAAGUGUAUUAGGUUCCCACCACCAUGUGUGACAGUGGUCAUGGUGUUCUGAGGGUUGAAGGCGUGCCUUUUUACAUUGAUUUUUAAUUUUGAAAAUACGCCAAAUAAAGGAUACUUCAAUGUGGCCAAACAAUUCAAUGAUUGUUUCUCCUUGAAAACAGGUGACCAGAAAUCUUCUUAUUUGUCCUUUUAAGCAUUUGCAAAGGCCAAGUGGGCUUUCGAAUGCCAUUUCUGGAGAAGUUGCAUCCUGCUUGAGCUGCGUCCGUGGAACUCAGCAGUGUGCAGUGGGGCAGUGUCUGUUGGACUGUCUGCCUUGAUGUUGCCGCCACCAUAGCCCAGAUUCACAGUUUGCAAAGGGUGUGGAUAAUUUUGGACAUGCCACUUUUUGUUCAAAUGUAAAUAUCUAUCCAUCCAUUUUCUACACCGCUUAUCCUCACUAGGGUCGCGGGUAUGCUGGAGCCUAUCCGAGCUAACUGCGGGCCAAAUGCGGGGGAACAGCCAAUUGCAGGGCACAUAUAAACAAACCAUUCGCACUCACAUUCAUACCAAUGGACAAUUUAGAAUCAUCAAUUAACCUACCGUGCAUGUUUUUGGUAAUGUGGGAGGAAACCGGAGUACCCGGCGAAACCCCCCGCAGGCAUGGGGAGAACAUGCAAACUCCACACAGGCAAGGCCGGAUUUGAACCCGGGUCCUCCCCCGGGUGAAUGUGCUAACCAGUCGGCCACUGCGCCGCCAAAUGGAAAUAAAAGCUGCAAUAUAUUUUUUUUCUCAAAAUGAAGCCUCUUGUACAUCGUAUAUUCUUGGAGAGAUUCCUGUUGUUUUUCCCCAAACUAGAAGAAAAACAUUCUGGUUGAAUAAAAUUCAAAUUUGCCAGGGGUAUGAAUCAUUUCAGGCUUGACUGCAUAGUUGUCGCCAGGGGCGUUGCUCGGUUUUAACGUUUCAUCAUCAUCAAAAAAAAAAUGAUGAUGAUGGGUGCUGAUAACAAUAUUUUUGGUCCCAAAAUGUAAUUGUCGCUGGGGUGUGUUGUUAAUAGAGGUUGUGUGAUUCCCCCCAAAAAGCCAAUUGUCAAGAGGGGGUCGAAGACAAGUUUCUAAACGUGAAAAGUGGUAUUGUACUGCCGGUUUGUUUGCUCAUAUACUGUAAUGAAUGCUUAAUUUUCAUCGACCAGUGGGGGUGGGGCGGCCUUUUUAGGAAACAACAAUCUAUUUUUGGGUGGCAGAAGAUUAUGUUGUAGGGGGGCUAUGACAAAAAAACACAUUCUACCAAAUAUUUUUGGGGGUGCUUGUGAAGUUUUUAGGGGGGGCUUCAGGCAAAAUAGGCCUUGCGACGCCCCUGGUUGUAGCUGUGUAUUGUUAGUAUUGGUUGUUGUUUGUGUUUCCUUGUAGUGUCAUAGUAGUUGUGUGUGUGUGUGUGUGUGUGUGUGUGUGUGUGUGUGUGUGUGUGUGUGUGUGUCCAACUUACAGUGGGUACGGAAAGUUUCCAGACCCCCUUACAUACUUUUGCUGAAAUCAUUGAAGUUAAUUUCCCCCCUCAUUGAUGUACACACAGCACCCCAUAUUGACAGAAAAAAAACGGAAUUGUUGAAAUUUUUGCAGAUGUAUUAAAAAAGAAAAACUGAAAUAUCACACAGCCAUAAAUAAGUAUUCAGACCCUUUGCUCAGUAUUUAGUAGAAGCACCCUUUUUGAGCUGAUACAGCCAGGAGUCUUUUUGGGAAUGAUGCAACAAGUUUUUCACACCUGGAUUUGGGGAUCCUCUACCAUUCCUCCUCGCAGAUCCUCUCCAGUUCUGUCAGGUUGGAUGGUGAACGUUGGUGGACAGCCAUUUUUAGGUCUCUCAGAGAUGCUCAGUCGGGUUUACGUCAGGGCUUUGGCUGGGCCAUUCAAGAACAGUCACGGAGUUGUUCUGAAGCCACUCUGUUACAGGAAGUCCUCGAUUUACGAAAUCGAGUUCCGUUCCUACGCUGGCGAUGUAACACGAAUUUCUGCGUAAAUCGGAUUUCACCGUUAAAGUCGAAAUUUACGGCAAAAUACUUCUGUUACGGGUUUUGUUCCACGUGAUUGUGACAGCAAGCUCAGUGUGUAUGUGUGUGUGUGUGUGUGUGUGGGCGUCAAUAUGUGAGUGAGACGGGACUGCGGAGGAGGAAGGAGUGCGCGCAGGUGCGAGUGUGUACAGUGGCAAGUGUAGUGACUGCGACCGGGGAAGAGUCGCGAUUAGCAGAGGACCCGUUGACGUUGAAUGUGCAGAGGAGCUAAUAAAGCCAUUCAAGCAGCAAAUCGGUGCUUCGUGCCUUCGUUGUUGCCGCCACCCAGCUCAGCUGUGCGACGAGAGAAGGGAGUUAACCCCUGCGUCUCCCGACCACGAUCAGGUGACCGUAGCAGGAAAGGUUAACGCUUCGUACAAAGAAACUCAAAUACAUUAAAAUAAUAAUAUAAGAUCCUGUACUUACUACUGCUGAGAGUGUGAAAAAAGGAGGGCGAAAAAGGCAGAUAUUCCCGCCGCACAAAUGCAGACAAGCACUAUGCACUUGCUGAGCAGAAACACGAAGGUGCUGGGACAAAAUGGCGGACGAGGCACGGGCGUCGUAAAGUCGAAACCUCGUCGGUCGAGUGCGUCGUAACUCGAGGACUUCCUGUAUUUUGGUUGUGUGCUUGGGGUCAUUGUCUUGUUGGAAGGUGACCCUUCAGCCGAGUGUGAGGCCCUGAGCACUCUGGAGAAGGUUUUUGUCCAGGAUAUCCCUGUACUUGGCCGCAUUCACCUUUCCUUCGAUUGCAACUAGUCGCCCCCACAGCAUGAUGCUGCCACCACCAUGCUUCACUGUUGGGACUGUAUUGGUAUUCCUUGGUAUUAAGGCCAAAAAGUCUCAUCAGAACAGAGAAUCUUAUUUCUCACCAUCUUGGAGUCCUUCAGUCGGGCCAUUCUGCCAUAAAGCCCAGACUGGGUGAGGGCUGCAGUGAUGGUUGACUUUCUCGAACUUUCUCCCAUCUCCCGACUGCAUCUCUGGGGCUCAGCCACACUGAUCUUUGGGUUCUUCUUGACCUCUCUCACCAAGGCUCUUCUCCCCCGAUUGCUCAGUUUGGCCGGACGGCCAGCUCUAGGAAGGGUUCCGGUCGUCCCGAACGUCUUCCAUUUAAGGAUUAUGGAGGCCACUGUGUGCUUAGGAACCCAAAGUGCAGCAACCUUGGCUAGAUCUGUGCCUUGCCACAAUUCUGUCUGAGCUCUUCAGGCAGUUCCUUUGACCUCAUGAUUCUCAUUUGCUCUGACAUGCACUGAGCUGUAAGGGCUUACAUAGACAGGUGUGUGGCUUUCCUAAUCAAGUCGAAUUAGUAUAAUCAAACACAGCUGAACUCCAAUGAAGGUGUAGAAUUAUUUUAAGGAUGAUCAGAAGAAAUUGACAGCACCCGAGUUAAAUAUGAGUGUCACAGCAAAGGGUCUGAAUAUUUACGGCUGUGUGAUAUUUCAGUUUUUCUUUUUUAAUAACUGUGCAAAAAUGUAAACUAUUCCGUUUUUUUCUGUCAAUAUGGGGUGCUGUGUGUACAUUGAGGAAAACAUGAACAAAUUAUUUUAGCAAAUGGCUGCAAUAUAAAAAAGUGAACAUUUAAGGGGGUCUGAAUACUUUCCGCACCCACUGUACUUGUUGUGCACCUUAAGUUAUUGUUUUGCUUAGUGACUCACCUGAUGUUCAUUUAACCGUCGAAGUAGCACUGACCAAAGAAUGUUAAGUUGACUUUCGCGGCUUCCGCACAUGAAGCCAAAGAACAGUGCUUUAGUAGUAGUACAUCUCAACAUCGCCGCAACAUUGACUCUACAACCUCUCUCUGCGCUUUUGUACUAAGAUCUGAUUGGUUUGGUUUACGCUUAAUAAUAACUGUGGGACAAUGGGCCGCCCCUCUACAAUAGGGGCGGGCCGUUCUCUGAGGAAAAAGAAGUUGAAUAGAAAGCGAUUUUUACAGCAUCGGCCCACUGGGCAGACGGUACGCCUGAGUGCCAAUCCAGCCCUGCAUUCAACUGUUCACCACACACAUCAACACCAGAGAAUAUUGGCUAUUGUCUCCUUAAUUUAUAUGUUAUGUAUGUCACAGUUUGUCCUCGGGAUUUAAUGGUAUCAUGAAUUAAUCAUAAAUUUUACUAAAAGUAAUCAGCAAUCAUCCUUUCGUCAUAUGAAUUUGGUUUACAAGGAAUGAUGACAUUUAAACUUAUUAUUUUCUCCACAAUGACAUGGUCAUUAACAGGUUUCUGUAAAUAAAUUUACAUUGUUUUUUCUUUAGGCUACCUGUUGGUGCAAUUUAUAAUGCCUCAGUGUAUGCAGCAUCUGCAUUGAACAUGAUGGCAGCCCAUUCGGUUUCCAUUGACAAAUACUCCAAGGGAAAGCAACAGCAGAUGCAAGGUGUAGCCAAGAUAGAGAGUGAUUCAGAAGAGAAGUUUGAGGGGAUGUUAGCGGAGGCGCCCAGCCCAACACUCACAGAACCACAGACGCCAAUGGACGUGGACAAAGCCUCCAUAUAUCGACAUCCCCUCUUCCCUUUGUUGGCUCUGCUGUUCGAGAAGUGCGAGCUGUCCACUCUUAGUUCUGAAUGCAUCACUUCUGCAAGCUUUGAUGUGGACAUUGAGAACUUUGUCCGCUGUCAGGAGAAGGACGGAAAGCCCUUUUUCAGUGAAGACCCAGAACUCGACAACUUGAUGGUCAAAGCCAUCCAGGUGCUGCGAAUCCACCUGCUGGAGCUGGAGAAGGUGAGUGACCUGUGUAAGGACUUCUGCAGCCGUUACAUUGCUUGCCUUAAGACUAAGAUGAACAGUGAGACCCUUCUGAGUGGAGAGCCUGGUAGUCCAUACUCCCCUGUUCAAAGCCAGGCCCCAAAUUUCUCACCAACUAAAUCCCAGGUCCCCUGCUCCAUCUCAGGGAGUCCUCAGGGUCAAAUUGUGGUGCCGGCUUCAGCCCUGCAACAAGGAAAUGUCGCAGCCACAGCAGUAAAUCCCACCCAGGUGGUUGCAGGUAUGUCAUCAUGGCAUACUACCACACCGACAGGUGGCACAAUGUAUCAGCCUGUUACAGUUGUCACUCAUCAGGGCCAGGUAGUAACACAGGCCAUUUCCCCAGGGACUCUACGUGUCCAAAACAACCAGCUCCAGCUACGGUUUCACCAGGACUUAAACCUCUUCAAUCACGAUGACAGCUCAACGAAAAACAAACGUGGCGUUCUACCCAAACAUGCCACAAAUGUCAUGCGCUCUUGGCUUUUUCAGCACAUUGGGCAUCCUUACCCAACAGAGGAUGAAAAGAAACAGAUAGCCACUCAGACAAAUCUGACACUUCUACAGGUCAAUAACUGGUUUAUAAAUGCUCGAAGGCGGAUUCUGCAGCCCAUGUUGGAUGCUAGCUCCUCUGAGACGCCCAAAGCUAAAAAGAAGACUCCUCAAAACCGGCCACUCCAGCGCUUCUGGCCUGACUCCAUUGCCUCAGGGGGUGGCACUCAACAGCAAGUUACUAUGCCAGAUGGUACAAUGGUGACAAUGAAUGUGGAGGGUCUGCACAGCCUGACAUCAGAUGGCGCGACGCUGGCAGUACAGCAGGUGAUGCUUGGUGGCCAUAGUGAAGAUGAGUCUGGGGACAGUGGAGAUGAUGACGAUGAUGCAGAUAUUGCUGGGCUGGGCCUUGACAAUAGCGACUCACUGCAGUAGAUAACGCACACAAACAUAUACACUACAUGUGCACACAAAAUGCGUAAAAUAAGUCUACACAAGUUACCGGGUUUUCCGGCGGUCAUUGUACAAACAGACAAGUUACCGGGUUUUCUGACGGUCAUUCUACAGACAGACACAGGUUGAGACAGAGCACAACACAGGGAAUUGUCCCACACUUCCUAAAAUCCACCUUUGCUGUGUGUGUGUGUGUGUGUGUGUGUGUGUGUGUGUGUUUUUCAGAAACUGUUUUUUAAUUAUUUAGUUGCUGUAGGCGAUUGCACUUUGUAUAUUUAAGAAGAAAAAAAAUCCGAAGAAAAAGUGUUAAACACCAGAAGCAAGUUUGUAUGCAACAUUAUUAAAUAUUGGAAAAUGUAAUCAUUUUUCUUCACCCCUUUUGAAUUGUAAGUUUGAAUGACACUUUAAAGUUGUAUUGUUAGGGUUUGUCUCUUUUUGCAUGCUUGUGUGUGUUUUGAGUAGAAGUGUGCAAGACUGACUCCACAGCGCUCACAUGGACCUCUGCAAAUGAGCAAAGCUCUCGGGAGUUUCAAAAUAAAAAAGAUCCUUAUUUUUAUAUACAUAGGUAUGAAAUUGUUUUUUGUUAAAUUUUUUGUUCUGUUUUGUAACAAAUGUUGAUGUACAGAUUCAUAAAUCCAGCAACCUUGUUUUCCAAGGUUCAUUGAAGUUUUCUUAAAAAAAAAAGGAAAAAGAAUUGAAUAAAUUAUUUAAAUUAGUUUUAAACUUAAACUACAGUCCUAUCAAGGCCUGUGUUCUUUUCUUAAUACUGCCAAAAAGGACUCAAGUUUGACCGAAUGGUCAAAAACUGCUAAAUUGCAUUAGACUGCACUCGAAGAACCACCAAGAAUUUGUUUUUCUCUUCAGUAACUGAAGAGUUUACUCAGUAACAUGAAUCUAUUUUUUCCAAUGACAUUUUUACCAACGUGUAUAAUUGUCUUUUUGCAUCAUUAAGAACUGAACAAUAAUAUUCUCGGUGGAAGUUUUAAAUGCACAAUUCAGAACACUAUGCUGAUGAUACAAUCACAAGACGUCUUCGAGUCUUUGGAGAAACAAAGGACACACAAGAUCAUAUGCUCAACAAUGACAUUAAGUACACAUUUACGUACACAGACAAACACUCCAGUUUGACAUUCAGACUUAAGUUGAAGUUUAUCAGUUCCCCUGCCCCGACGCACACAAUUGGUGAAACAUUUCAAAUGUUUAUCACUUUGUUGCCGCACUGUGUUGGCUCUUGUUUGAAUGAUCAAUAGUUGUUGCAAUCUCGUAGAACCUCGGUUUAUGAACGACGCAGUUUACGAACAAUUUGGUUUAUGAAGAAUUUACAACAUAAUAAUAAUACCUCGGGUUGCACACUAUUUUUGGUUACAGUCUUGGCAUGCCUGCUUUUUCUCACGCCACAUGAAUUUUGGCUUCAGGCAUCUUUUUUUUUUUUUUUUUUUUAGCCUAAAAUGGCAACCACAUCCCACAAUGCAACACGAAAGCUGUGCUGCAUUGGGGAGGUAGUGGCCGUUUCGGGCUAGCCGUAACCACAGUGAAUGUACUGUUAACAUUACUGUACCCAAAAACGCUAAGACACUGCACAGGGAUUUGCUACCUAACAUCAGAAAUUAUUUUUCACCACACAUCCAUCUAAAAGUAACAAUGUCAUGCUGUGGUUGGAACAGAAUAAUUGUAUUUCCAUGCAUUUCAAUGGGAAAUGUUAUCUCGGUUUGCAAACUUGGGUUUGAGAACUGGGUCACGGAUCAAAUUAAAUUUGGAAACUGAAGUUCCACUGUGUGUGUGUGUAUAUAUAUAUAUAUAUAUAUAUAUAUAUAUAUAUAUGUGUGUGUGUGUGUGUGUGUGUGCGUGUAUGUAUGU